AUGGCCCACCAAAAGCCCAAGAAAAGAGUCAAGACUGAGAACAAUGAUUGCAUUAAUUUGAAGGUGGUGGGGCAACAUGAUUCUGUGGUGCAGUUUAACAUUAAUAGGCAUACACCACUUAGUAAACUAGUGAAAGUCUACUGUGAACAACAGUUGAAAAUGGAGGCUGAAAAUACACUUAAUGUGUUCCAGCAGCAGACAGGACAUGUCUACUAA